AUCGUCAAACAGGAAUACGGUCUCGAUCUACUCUACCUCAAACAUUUCAUCGAUACGUCGUGUUCUCGUCAGCUGAAAAACUAUCUUCUGGAGGCAUUACCAUGGUAUCGAGUCACUUAUACCUCUAUGGGAAUGGAGCACCAUACACCUCGAUGGACCACGGUCUUCGGCAAGGACUCAACGAGCACACCCUGGCACGGGUACGAUAAGGCGAGACCGAGGGCUAUCCCUGAGAUCCUCCUGAGGCUGAUGCGACAGGUCGAAGAAGUCACAGGGGAGACGUACAACUUCGCCCUCGUCAAUUACUAUGCCACUGGAAGCGACUCCAUCUCGUACCAUUCCGACUCUGAAUCUUUCCUCGGCAAGAAUCCCUGCAUCGCCUCCAUCUCUCUCGGUGGAUCCCGCGGCUUUCUGAUGCGUCACAUCAAUUACAAGAACACUGCUCAGCACGAAAAGUUUCUGCUUGAGGAUGGUGACAUGGUCGUGAUGCGAGGCCAGACGCAGCAUCAGUGGCAACAUUCGAUACCGAAAAGGAAGAGUGCCGAAGGUCGAAUCAAUAUCACUUUUAGGAAAGGCGUCGUCAAGUAUGCGACUCAGAACUACAAUCAAUACAAUGUCGGCAAAGGCCCGAUGUAUCGAUGGGAGAGUGGGCAA